AUGUCUCAUAAACACUGUUAUGUCGUGGCCACUUUGGCUGCCAUUGGCUCGUUUAUCCUUUUGCGCCUACUUGGUUCAGAUGGUCGUUAUUACUGUAGUUUACGGGAUAAACCAUGGCCAACCUCACUAUUCUGGACUCUGCGAUCUGGUGAUACUUGCCUUGUUUCAGAGUUGAUCUAG